AUGUAUGCUGCGAUUGGUAGUGAUGAGGAUGACUGUUACCGGUGUUUCCCGCCCGACCCGGGCAUUGGUACUGCCGCGUCAGGUACUAGUGAGACUGCUGCUCUAGGUGCCAGUGCGUCUGUGCUCUCAGGUGCUGGUGAGUCUGCCCUCUCAGGUACUGUGUCGGCUUCGGCCUCUCACACCUUCACCCUUGACUCUGGAGCGUCUCGCUCCUUCUUUAGGGACCGCACCACUCUCACGCCGCUGAGUCGGCCGGUUGCGGUGUCCCUGGCUGACCCCUCUGGGGGGCCUGUCCUGUCUCGCUUCUCCACUGUCCUCCCGUGUCCGGCGGCCCCCUCUGGCACCCUGACUGGUCUCUACCUCCCCUCGUUCUCGACGAACUUGGUGAGUGGUGCUGACCUCCAGGAUGCGGGUGUCCACCAGUUCACCCCUGCUCGUCAGCGGGUGACCCACUGCACGGAGGCGGAUACAGGUCGCCACCUGGCUACGUUUACACGUCGGCCAGGGUCGAGCCUGUACACUCUGACCACUGCUUCUCCUCCAGGUGCUGAGUCUGGUAGGGUCACUUCGUCUGGUCAGGUGUUUGCUGCAGCGUCCAGGUCUGGUCCUGAGUCUGCCCCCUGCUCGUGCCGUCGUUUGUCUCACGAGACCCUCCUCUGGCACCACCGCCUUGGCCACCCCUCUCUGCUUCGGCUCAGAGGCAUGGCCUCGCGAGUCCUUGUGUCUGGUCUUCCCCGGUCUCUCCCUCCCCUUCCUCCGGGCCCUGGCCCCACCUGUGUCCCCUGUGUCGAGGGGCGCCAGCGUGCUGCCCCUCACUCCUCCCAGUUUCCUCCGACAGAGGCCCCGUUGCAGACGCUUCACAUGGAUGUGUGGGGCCCAGCCCGCGUCCGUGGACAGGGUCAGGAGCGCUACUUCCUGCUGGUGGUUGACGACUACUCGCGUUACACCACAGUCUUCCCCUUGCGCAGCAAGGAGGCGGAGAGUUCUCCUCUGGCCUCCUGA